GGGAAAUUGGGACCAUGUGACCUGGCAUAUUGACCUCGUGCAGUUGUAAACAAACCAGGCAAACUUAUGAUUUUGUAGUGAAAAUAAUACAAUAAAUAAACACGUAUAAAAUAUAUAAUAUUUGCAGUAAUUGCGUUCAUAAUGCUUGGGCAGUCGAAAAUAUCCAGUUUCUUUAAAUCACAACCGAUGAAGCGACCCUUGGAAGAUCUGCAAUCUUGCCAAUCUUCACCGCCAUCAAAAGCAAUGAAGACAGACGGUUCUGGUUUGAGUCCGGAGCAGAAAGCAGCUAUUCAGGAGAAAAAACAAGCUGCUUUGGCAAAGUUAGCAAGUAAAACUGCACCAUGUGGUAUGGGGCAAAGUUGGAAGAAAGCUCUGGAACCAGAAUUUUCCAAAGAUUACUUUAAGAAAGUAUGCAUUUUUUGAAAUGUUUCAAAUUGUAAAUUGUAUUGUAAUACUGUACUAGAUAGUUUAGUCAGCCUACUGGAUUGUAUGUAAGACUAUGCCGUGUUUACUCGCCAAGCCUUGGCCUAGUUGCCUAGUCUAGCUUACCUUUUCACUUGUGUGGUAGAUUUAAUUGAUUGAAAACCUGACCAAGUCACCAAGGCCAUGCCAAAGAUAGCUAAUGUCAGCUAUGGGCUAAUGGCCUAUGGUGCACAUUCUAAGGUUGGGUUAGGGAAUACCAGAAGAUAGCCUACGGGUCAUUUAGAAAUAUGCUUAUAACAACACAAAGGGGGUUUAUACAAAUCAGUAGCUGCAUUAAAGAUUUUGCAGGGCCUACACCCCUAGGGUGAAGGGUCCCUUAUCAAUUAAGUUGAAGUUCAGGGACAUGCCCCACCUGCUCUUGUCCUAUUGGAGGGCCUGUUGGUCGUAACACACAUUGAUAAUUUCAUGUUGUACAUCACAUGAUAGCUAGAGAUCCCAAACAAUAAGUGUGCAUUAGGCUGUCUUAAGGGGUGGACCAUUUCGGCUGUCUACUUGUGCUGGAGUUUUUUGUAGAAUUCCAAAGGUAUUUUUCUUUGCUUUCCCUCUUUGCACAAUUUGUUUUCUUUUGUUUUCCUUUGCGCAAAUUUUUUUUUUGUUUCCCCCCAUCACUUUUCUAACGGUCCGCCCCUAACUUUCUUGCUAAUCUUUAUCUGGCCAAAUAUUGGAAUAUGCAAUAUACAAGGAGUGAACCAAUAUACACUUUUGAGCACCCUAGAAAAUUCACCAACUAAUGCUAGCCAAGCUGAAUAUCCUAGAUUUGUGGAGGUUUUGUGAAGGGGUUAUAUGAAAUUGAUUUUAUGAAAAUAAAUUUUAGCUCAUGCAGUUUGUUGAAUCAGAAAGAAAUUCUCAUACAAUUUAUCCACAAGGUAUGUGAUGUAAUACAUAUUGUAAUGUUCACAAUAAUCAUUCGAUCACCUAGUUGUUCCUAGCUGUGAAUAAUGAAUAAUGUUUUGAAUUUUCUAGAGAGUGAUGUUUAUUCCUGGACAAAACAUUGUUUGAUUAGUGAGGUAGUUCUUCAUGAAUGGAAAAUCAAGUUUUUGGCUUAAAUCAAAUGAAAAUUUAUUAACAUGUUAACUUACAAAAAUGGACAGUUAACCAGUGGUUUUAAUCGGGAGGGUAUCCACCCUCGUUGGUUCUCAUCACUAAAUCAACGUCUCAAGUCACCACUUUAGUAUUAAAGCUCCCUAUACCAUUUUAAGCCCCUACCAUCAUUAUUAAUUAGGACUGAUCCUCCUGCCUGAUUAUAUUUAUUUACUAACCUGUAUAUUCAUGAUAGUUUACUGUGUUUCUUAUAUGUGAUGCAUAUUGUCUGAGUCAAUUAUCACACCCCCUCCCCUCCGGCUCGGACGUGCCUGAAAUAAAUAAGCCCUCUGGGUGUUAAUAGCAAGACCCUGAUAACAGAUUUAUGGUAGUGUAUUAAAUUAUAUUUUCUUAAUUUGAAUUUUUCAAACAAUCUUCUGUGGCUAGGUUAAAGUUGUGAUAAUUGGUCAAGAUCCAUACCAUCAACCAAAGCAGGCUCAUGGUUAGUUCAAGUUUGAUUGUUUAUUUGCAAUAUAUCAUACAUGAAUUAAGGACUUGAGGUACACUAUAUCUUACUUCUACAUGUAGGACUGUGCUUUAGUGUUCCUGCUGGAGUUGCAUCACCACCAAGGUAAUUGGUGCUCACCAAAAUGUCUUCUGUCUUGUAGUAAAUUAAACAUCCAAUUACUAAAACCCUUAGCUGCUCAGAUUCCUGAGUAAUAUUUCUGAGUCAUAGUUUAGCAGGUCUAUGUUGAACAGAGUACUAAUAUACUAUAAAGCAAGGGAGAAAAUCCAUUCCAAAAAGUGGGGGAUGAAUCUGGCUAACAGACACAAUUUAUUUUCUAUUAUAUUAAGAAUGUCCAAAAAUUCGAAUUAAGUCCUUUUUUGGUUUGAAUUAAUUAACAAAUUAGAAUGAAAUUAGAUUUAAUUAACAGCCUUGUUUUAAAGCAAAUGCUAUUGUUGUUGUAUUGAAUUGGUGCAAAGGCGUUACAGUACAAGUUUCAUUUUCCACAUUGCAGUUUAGUGAAUAUUUAUAAAGAACUGCAGAAUGAUAUUCAAGGAUUCUCAAUUCCUAAACAUGGAAAUCUUACUGGAUGGGCAAAACAGGGUACGUAUUUUGUGUUUGUAUUAAUAUUUCAAUCUAUUGGCAGCGAAAGAAAAACAAAACAAAACGGAAAUAUUAGAAGAAAGAGAUUGAAAUUUGUAGGUCAAAAUUGACUUACAAUUUUGAAAUUAAUUGUAGGCCAGAAAAAAUUCUUAAUUUGCACCCUGAUUAAACUGCAUGCAAUGAAAUAUACAAUUUCAAUAUUUGAAUGAUUAGUUGACAGCAGUGGUAAAGCAAUGACAAGUCAAUGACAUCUGAUAAAUCCUCUAGGUGUUCUGUUGCUCAAUGCAUGUUUGACAGUGCGAGCAAGUCAAGCAAAUUCACACAAGGACAAGGUAUUGUAUUUUAAGAGGAAAACCUUUCGAUAUUCUGUGGUGUUCUAAUUAUUAUUUUUUUGCAUUAGUUUGUUGUUUUCUGCCUGAAUUUAGGGUUGGGAGAAAUUUACAGAUGCGGUAAUUAAGUGGAUAAAUCUUCAUCGUGCAAAUGUAGUUUUUCUCUUAUGGGGUUCCUACGCUCAGAAGAAAGGCGCCUGUAUAGAUAAGGUAGGAAAUCACAGGGCUGGAAAAAAAUUAAGGAAUUUUCUUCCUGGGACUGCUGGGAGCACAACCUGGAGUCAAGAAUUUCCUGCACUCCAACGGAAUAAUUUUGUGCUAAAUCUGCAUGUGCACAAACAUCUAGUGUUCUAGCUGACCAUAGUUUUCAAUUCAAGGAAUAAUGUCUGUCAACCAUAUGUUGUUGUGCCCAUAGUGGGACAUGGGUGUUAAGGUUUCCUUUAAAUUUUCAAUAGCAAAUCUUCAUUCAAACGAAUUUCCUGCAGCAGUUUAACAUUUCCUGCGAGCAGUGCUCGCGUGCUCGCCUAUUUUUUCCACCCCUGGGAAAUCACUUGACUUUUCUAAAUGACACUUCUCAUAUAUCUGACCCUGUUUCUGGAGGGUAUCAUUCUUAGCCGGUUUGUCUUUGGUCUAUUACCACUACCCCUUACAAAUUUUCGUAUUAAUACGUUUGAUAUUUUUUGUAUUUAUAUAUUAUAUAUUUUAUUUUAUUUUGUUUUAUUUUAUUUUAUUUUAUUUUAUUUUAGAAAAGGCACGGUGUAUUGAAAUCUGUUCAUCCUUCUCCGCUGUCAGCAUACCGCGGAUUCUUGGGUUGUAAGCAUUUUUCGAAAGCGAAUGAAUAUCUGAAGAACACGAAACAAACUCCAAUAAACUGGUCUGAUCUUCCUGCUGAAGCAUCGUGAAGCCUCAUAGUGAAUGAUUUAGCGAAAAAGGACGCUGUUUAAAAUCUUGAAAAUACGUAGUACACAGAUUACAGCUGUAUUUGGCGAAAGGGACGCUGUUUAGAUUAAUUGUAUAGUAUAGAAGUGUAAAAAUUUGAAAUUAUUUUUGUACAGUAACGAUGAAAAACCCUGUUUUGUUGGUUGUUUUAUAAUAAAAACAAUACCUAAUUUCCUGCGUGAGUAUACGAGUAUAAAUCAUGGAACCCUUAGUUCCAAUGUAUAAAUCUUCCAAAAAAUUUUAAUAAUCAUUCGUCUGUAGAA